AUGAUUAGGAAGAACAUGGAGAAAAAAAAAAUGUCAAACAGAAAUAUUAAUAAUAAUAUUAAUAAUAAUAUAAGUAAUAAUAUAAGUAAUAACAUGAAUAGUAACAUAAAUAAUAAUUUAAAUAACAAUUUAAAUAAUAAUUUAAAUAAUAAUAUAAAUAAUAAUAUAAAUGAUAAUAUGAAUAAUUGUCAAAACGGGAACUUUUAUGGGACUUAUAAUAAUCAGACAAAAGAUAUUUCUUUACCCUUUCAUAAAAAUAGUAUGAACGAAAUAAAUAUAAUUUCUAAAAAUAUAGAUGUAGAUAAAGGAAAUUUUGUAAAAAGUAAUAUAUUUAAUAACAUUUUAAAUGAGAAUAAUAUAUUAUAUAAUGAUAUAAAUAAAGGGAUCUAUGAUAAUAAUAUAAUUUUUGUAAAUGAAAAACAAUAUGAUCGUAUAUUAAAAAGGAGAUUACGUAAAGUUAAACAAGAUAUAGAUAGAAAGAGAAAAGUUCGUGUAUAUAUUAGUAUACAAAAAAAGAAAAGUUACCCAGAGUUUUUUUCUACUAAUACAAAUAAUUUUGGUCUUAUAUCAUCACAUCAUCAAUCUCCUCAUCAUACUCUUAUAAAUCCACAUUCUCACCCUUAUCAACUUCCAAUGAAUAAUAAUAUUAAUACAUCUCUUUAUAAUUAUGACUGGAGUUCAAAUGAUUCUUUUUUUAAAAAAAACAAUGAAAAUUCAAAUAGUUUAAUUACCCUCUUUGAAAAUAUGAAACCCAUAUUUGAUAAUAAGAAUAAUCAAAACUAUGAAAAUUACAUUUCACAAAAUAAUUUCAACCCAUAUCCUAAUAAUAAUAUUACAACCAAUGAUGAAUAUAAUAAAUAUAUUAAUAUUUGUGAUAUAAAUAAUAUACAUCAUCUAAAUAACAUGCAAGAAAUUAAUAAUUUUCAACAUCUAAAUAGCUUAGACAAUUACAAUAAUAUACAAACAUUAAAUGUAUAUAAUAAUCACAUUAACAAUAUAAGCGAAUUUACAAAUUCUAUAAGUCCCAAUUAUAAUAUCUAUGAACACUAUAACAAGUAA